CACUUGUAGGUUUAACCCAGGGGCCAACUGACCAUUUGGAAACUCGGGCACUGCCCGAGGGCCCGGAGUCAGUAGGGGGCCCCAUGAGAUGCCCCUGGUACCUUUUUCAUAGGCUUUUUUGAGUUUGGGCAAGGACACAGGGGCCCCAUGAUCCCCUAUUGUGCGGGGGACCCAUGAGUUGUCAGUCCGCCCCUGAAUGAAAGUGAAAGAAAAUCCCGAAUUUUGGGUUGUCGUCCAAACAGGAUACUUGGGGGCACUAGCUCUGGUGAUUCUGCUGACAACCAGAGAUUCCCUCUCUUUGGAUAGAUUUCCUCUUCCUGUUUUAGCUAUGAGACAGGAAGUGAAAGAAAAUCCCCCAAAU